UUCUCCCAGGAAGGUCUCAAGGAGUUUACUUGGAGUUUUAAGUGAGAAUAUGACCAGCAUGAGGCUCAUAUGGGCUCAAGRGGAUGGGGAUGAAGAAAUGAAGAGAUCUGCAUUUUCUGAUAAAAGCUGUGUCCCAUCUCCCACUGCUGCAGUAUCAUCAUGACACUCACUUAUCUCCUGGGAGUUUGGGUAAACUCAGAUCUCUGCCUGUUAUCAGUAUSAGUCCUUUAAAACACAUUCCAGAGCCUCCAUCAUCCCAGCUGGGGUUUGUGUGUCCUUGGAAACCCAUGCACUCUUCAGCUGACCUGUGUGCUUUCCACUUUGUCCCCAACUUGAGCAAAGUGUCUCUUUGUGACAGUCUGCAGCUGAUAAAGGAAAUACAAAGGCAGGAGGGCCUGCUGUGGCUUACUCUGCAGUGUCUGACUCUGAAAUCCCUGGGGGUCUGAAACAGGAACCACAGGCACCAYCUCAAGUCACCUCUCACCAGGAACCUCCAGCCUUUAGACAAAUCAGGCACUUUGAUCUCCGCUUUACUGAUGGGGAAACUGAGGAAGAGAGUGCUGCCUGUCCUGCCUCAUAACAUCUAGUCAUCAACAGUGUCAGAGUCAACCCCUGAGCCCUCUGCUUUAGCUGAUUGUCCRGGCCCCCUCUGGAGAUGCUCCAUGUGAGACGGUGCUCAAUCCUCSUGGGUGAGAUGCUGUGCCUGACACUCAGCUCCAAACACCUGCAUUUCACCUGAAACCAAGCAGCUGGGUAUGUCACCAAACCCAGAACACCCUGGUCCCAAGCAGACCCUGGCAGCGGGUGAGAGGAUGCAACUCACCAGGUUAGACAAGAACUCAUUGUGCCUUGGUCCAUCUUACAACACCGUCUUGUUCCUGCAACAAGCAGUGGAAUGUCAAACUGCUGCUGAUGGCAGAAGAGGGGAAAAAAAGAAACCCGUCAGCCUGACUUACCGAUGUCCCUGUCGAUUCUACGAGAGCAACGUGGCAAGAGCCAAUAUUAAGCACCUCAAAAUCCUCUCCACACCCAACUGCUCACUUCAGAUUGUUGCAAGGCUCAAGAGCAACAGCAAGCAAGUGUGCAUUGAUCCCAAGUUAAAGUGGAUCCAGGAAUAUCUGGAGAAAGCUUUAAACAAACCACGUCAUCGCACUCAUAAAAAAAAGCAACAGAAGAAACGGGGCCCACUCUGCCCUUCCCGUGCAACACCACUAAAGUCUCCAGGGAGAAAGAAUGGAGGUUCAAGAUGUAAGAGGCAAGCAUUGUAAGCCGUCURCAGGAUUUCUUACUGUAGGACCCAGAGAGCAGAUAACCAGUAUUAGGGAAUGAAUACAUUUCACUGCUAACAUGCAGCACAAAGCAACGCUUCACGCAUUUCCAAAGGUUUUUUUCUCGGUUAUUUUUGGUGGGGUUUUUUUUGUUCGGGUUUUAUUUUUUUUUCCCCUUGCACAAAUUGGCUUGCUUUCACAGUGCUAUUUUUAUAUAGCAAGAUGUCACUAUUUGAGAAAAAGAUGAAUUUAUACAGGUCGGUUUAUUACCUAGCACUGGGGGCAGAUACCAAUUUAAACUAACCCUGUGUUAUUAUAUAAUGUUUUAUUUCCUUUGUUAUGUAGAGGUCCUGCUUUAUUUAACUUUCUUUUGGUUCAUGCAAGUCUCCUGGAGUUUUAACCUAGAAGGACAUGAACUGUACAGUGCAAUGAUGUUGUGUGAGUGAUGAUGGAACUCCUUGCCUCCAGAAGUCACAGAGGCCAAGAACAUAGGAAGCCAAACAGCAUCAGACUGAUGAACAUUACCCUGAGUGGCAUUUGCAGGUAUUUUGGGUGAGUGAUUACACUCAGGGCUACAGGGCCCUUCUCUGAAAAUCAGAAACCUUGCUGCCAGCUGUGAGCAGCUGGAUCAAUGCACAUCUGRCAUUGCAAAGUGGUAAUACUUGGUUUGUAGUAGUUGUGUUAGAAGUCACAGCACCAUUCUGAUGUCACCUGGCAUUUCCUAUGUUCCUGUGCUUCUGAUGACAAAUUUAGCCAAAAAGGGAUGAGUUGUUAAAGCUCUGACCACACGAUCACGUUGCAAGUUGCUGGAGGAGCCAGAUACGCUGCCAUGCACCAGGUAUCUGUUCCAGCCAUCCCCAGGAGGUGCCUUCAGCUCCCCUGGCCGCCUGUGCACUGAAAUAGGCUGAGAUGCACUCACCCUUCACCAACGAUGCUGUAGCUCAGCUACUGAACAGUCACACCUGCCUGGGGGCAGUCACAUCCCUGGAGAUACCCAGAGGAGGAUGUCUGGCCAAAUCUUGGAGAAGAGAGAUGUCUGGGGCAAGAGAGGGUCUGUGCACUUUGUGGAAGAAGAGUUGUUUCUCGGGUGUAGAAAUGAAGGCCAACACUCACAGUUCAUCAUGGCCUUGUUUGCUGGUGAGMAGGACAGCCUCUGGAAUUCCCUUUGCAAAAUACAGCCUGGGACAAGCACCACUCCUUGCACUGAUCCCCUCUCUAAGCCAGAAGUUCCUUUCUCUGGAUUCCUUCCUGUGUGCACAAUAUCUGCUGCGUGGUAUGGAGAGACAACUGCGGCACUGCAAUCAUCAUGUCAUGCUUUGCACUGAGGAAUUUCUGGGGGGAAGCACAUUUGUGCAGCACAAUGCUUGUGUUUGUAUGUGUCUGUGUUUGUAUUGUAAACAAAAAAUGUUGUAAGAUUGUGUUUUUUGAGCUGGUUGCUUCAAGAGAAAUGUUCCCUCUUCCCUGCAGCCUGUGUCAGGAGCACUGAGAGGGGUGUUACACACUCCUUUUUGUGGUAGGCAUUUUUUAGUGCCAAAGAGGCACUUUGGCUAUCCAGGGACUACAUUAUUUCCAUGUGGAUUCAGGUAAAAAUCUUGUAUUUUCCUCUCUGCAAAACAGGGCUAUUGCAGGGAGUCCUUCAGCUGGGACCACAUCACCUCAUUUGCUUUAAAGCAGAAACAAACUGCUGUGCCUAAAAUAUCUGUGUUUGUGAUUUUGACAUUCCUUCUCUUUUAUCAUUAYCAGCCUGGUGCUUUAAGUAUAUUGUGUCUCCGUUUUGAAAGGUCUGGUACCACUGUACUUGAUGAGAAUUGGAGUUUUGAUGUAAUAUUAGUAGGAUCAGAUCCUCUCCUGAAAAGAUAAAGAAAGAAAGAAUUUUUAUGAGAAAACCAGAGUUUCUUCCAUCUUCCCUGGACUGUAUUUUACAUCCUARGGUCCAUCCCCUGUCCCACACCUGCACCUGCAUUUGCCUGUGGUGUGCCAGAGGCAGACAUGUGAGUGUCCAAGCCAAGAAUGAUGCAGAAAAAGUCACCCAGGAAAGCUUCUUCACACUCAGUUCCUAUCAAUGGACAGCCUGAGGUCUGAUUGAUUCCUGUUGCAGUAAAUGGAGAAUUAAAUAAUCCUCUGAUCUGAUGCAGCAGCAUACCUUGCUCAGGAUGAAAAGGGGCCGUGAUUGUUUUGUUUCCAGAGGAAACCUUGGUGAGGAGGUGGGGUGGGCAGAUGUGACUGUACGGCCUUGCCAGUGCUCUGCUGCAGUCCUUGUUAGCAGGGAGUGCAUCUGGGGUCAGCAGCAGCAGGGACAGGUCCCUGGGAAUGUGUCACAGCCCGGGCAAACACUGCUGUGACAGGAGCACUGAGGUGGGCAGUGCUGGAGCACCCAGCCAAACCCGGGGAGAUGGCUCUGGACAGUGCAGGUGCUGCAGGAAAGGGCAUCUCCUGUCAUCCCUCUCUCCUGGGGGCACACCAGUGAGUGCUGCAGGGUAGGCUGUGCUGAAGGAAGGGCAUUUGUUCCUGGGGAAAUGCAGGAUGAGCAGCAGGAAGAAAUUGCACUGCAUGCAAGGCUGGGGAACAUUUACAACUCAGGGUUUGUCUGGGUGCUAUGCCCCAACCCACAGUGCCUGUGCCCUGACACCUCUGUGCUGGUGACACUUCACUCCUCCUGUAGAUGGGACACUCGGGGCAUGGGGCUGCUCUUGGGGCCAGCACYGUGCCCCUCCCUCACCUGGCAAGGUUGAGCACAGUGUGAAUGCAGAGAUGGCACAGACCUGGCCAGAGACUUCAGUGAGAACCUGUAAAAAGCUUUCUCUUGCUUUGCACCAAAAUUCAACCUUGAGUGGGAACUUUGCUGUUUGGCUGACAUUAUCUGCAGGAUGCACUGAGGAGAGCAGGCAUGGCCUUGGCAGCAGAGGAAUCGAUCCCUGGGCUGGCUGCCCCAGUGCCCCACGUGUUUGUCCCAUUCACACCACGGCCAGAACAGUGAGAGGCAGCACUGGCAGCACCUCAGCUGGGGAGGGCACUUGGCUUUCCUUUCUGCCUUUGAGUGUUGACCAAAGACAGAGUCAGGGAAAGGAAGCGUGAGGAAAUGGGAGAGGGUAGGGACCACAUGUGAGGAGGAGGGAAAAGGGUAACACUGAACAGUGCUGAAAAAGCAGCUUCCAUAAAUGUGAAAUCAUCAUGUGGGUAUUUUCAACGUGCAGCUGUCRAAUCCCAAGGUUGGGUUAUUUUGUAAGAGUUGAUGGUAUUUAUUGCUGAGUCCAUUUUUUAUUUAUACUAGCUUUAUACUUUUAUGUAUGAAUAUCUUAUCUGCAUUCUGCCUGAGGAAGAAUGAAGGGUGACUUUGAUGUGUUUUUGAUUAGGGUGUUUGAGCGAAGGUGACUGUUGAUUUUGCAAGAAAGCUUUUUUCAAAGUUAAAUAUACACAUUUUGUUUAAAAUGCAGUUCCUAUACAAGAUUUUGUUGCCAUUUUCCCUUUAUAAGCCCCUAGAAGGUUAUUCUUUUCCGUGGCAACUUGUUUUGGGUGAUGUGAUUUAUAGUAGUCAAGGUUUUUUGUGAAUUCAUCACAUAAAAUCUGGUUAUUUUUUCUUUAUCAACAUCCCACCAAGAUAAUCCUUGUCUGAAAACAUGAACCUUUGGUGGCCACAGAGAAGAAAACAUGUAUCAUGAUAAAAGGACUGCAUGAACCUCCCAUCUGCCACUCCUUAAGAACUCUGUGUUGUCAGAAUGUGGUAAAUACUGUACUUUAUAUUUUUAUUAAGUAAAAAGAAGUAUCUUCCCAAAUAAUGUGAAAAGGGUUUUGUAUUUGUGUUCCUGUAAGGCAGCUUUUAUGGAGGAGUUAUAUUAUGCUUUUGAAAUUACUCCUUUCAUAGAAAAUUUUGAAAAUAAACACUUUUAUACUGUUGUAAUUUCUCACAUAAAUGUGUAUGCACUUAAAAUUUUCUUAAUAAA